AUGAAGUACGAAGAUCCUUACAUUGAAUUGGUAGAGCUAUUAGCACAAUACGAUUCUCUAUUGGAGCAGCUACAAGCUUCUUUUAUUGAUGGUUUUCAGCAUUUGAGUCGGGCUAAUUAUUCGAACAAAGACGCUUUGCGCGGUAGGUACGGUCAAGAUUAUUGGGACUAUACCUAUGAGGGAACGCAAUUUGUGUCGACAAAGAAUAAUAAGAUUGAUAUUAUCAAUAGAGUAGGAAGUCAAGUAAAGGACUCCUCCAAAGUCGACGAAGCAGAGGAAGUUGAUGACAGAAAGCUGAGAAGACGAAAAGUACAUACCGAAGAAAAGGAACCAGAACGUUCAAAAAAGCCUACAAACCUAACAGACCCAAUAUACAUGUUUGGCGGUGUGUUGUCAGUCCCUUUCUCCUUGCGACAAUGUCAGAGUUGCUUCAAAGGAAGUAUUCCAUUACUUGCCGGUUUGGUCAACUGCAGGAAAGAAAUAGAUCUCAUUCUCAAACGACUAGGGGAUUAA